UUAUUAUUAUUAUUAUUAUUAUUAUUAUUAUUAUUAUUAUUAUUAUUAUUAUUAUUAUUAUUAUUUCAGACUUUGAAAACCCCUGGCCUACAGUUUGUCUUUAUUUGAACCCUGUAAUUGCUUUGUAUUUCCACUAAGUGGCUCACUUCAGGCGUUUAACAUCACAUGCAGUACGUUUUCCAACCACUAGGGGGCAAAGUCUGUUAGAAACGUCUUGUGAUCAUUCUGCAGAGCAAGACGAGCUCGCUGCGCUUAUUCGGUUCGGUCGCUGCCGCCGCUGGGUCUCCUGACAACCGAGACCUCACAGAAGAGGUGGAGUUCGCUCUUCUUCAACUUCGCGGCAUCUGACGUCUUCUGCGAUGUCGACACAGAGCUGAAAUCACACACACGCAAGUUCUAAUACAUGACAGCACACAUUAGGCAUGGAGCUUCACAAAUCUGUGACCUUGUGGAUAUUUUGUCUGUGCCUCAUUGGAGAAAGUGUGACUGAAAAACAAAGUUCACCUGCGCCAGACAGUCAGAACGAUGACAGUGGUAUGCCAGAUUUUUGUCGUUUUGAUGAGCCACUAUGCAAGGACGAGAAUGCUGUUCUCAGUUUCGAGGCUAUACGUAGUAUCCAUAAGCAGAUGGACGAUGACGCAAACGGCAAUGUAGACGUGGUAGAGACAGAUGGCUUCCUCCGAGAGGACCUUAACUACCAUGACCCCAAGGCCAAGCACAACAGCUUCCAUGGUGAUGACCAGCUCAUCAGUGUGGAGGACUUGUGGAACGCCUGGAAGAGUUCUGAAGUUUAUAAUUGGACAGUGGAUGAGGCAGUGGAAUGGCUCAUCACCUACGUGGAGCUGCCACAAUAUGUGGAAGCAUUUCGCAAAAUGAACUUCAAUGGCAGUGUAAUGCCAAGGCUUGCUGUAAAGAACACAACCUUGACACUCUCUAUUCUGAAGAUUUUGGACCGCAGCCAUGUGCAAAAGUUGCAGCUUAAAGCGUUGGACACAGUACUCUUUGGAGCACCUCUAAUGAAUAGACAUAACCAUUUGAAGGACUUCAUGCUGGUGGUAUCCAUAGUCAUAGGGAUGGGAGGCUGCUGGUUUGCCUACAUCCAGAAUCGCUACUCGAAGGACCACAUGAAGAAGAUGAUGAAAGACCUUGAAGGCCUGCAGAGAGCUGAGCAGAGUUUGCAUGACCUACAACAUAAACUGCAGAUUGCCCAGGAGGAGCAUCGCUCAGUCGAAGUGGAGAAGGUGAAUCUGGAGCAGAAGCUGAGGGAUGAGAUCAACACAGCAAAGCAAGAGGCCCAGCGACUGAGAGAACUACGUGAAGGGACGGAGAAUGAACUGAGUCGCCAGAAGUAUGCAGAAGAAGAGCUAGAACAGGUCCGCAUGGCGCUGAAGAAAGCAGAGAAGGAGCUGGAGUCACGGAGCAGCUGGUCCCCACCAGAGUCGCUCCAGAAAUGGCUGCAGCUCACCCAUGAGGUGGAGGUGCAGUACUACAACAUCAAGAAGCAAAAUGCUGAACGACAACUACUGAUGGCAAAAGAAGGGGCAGAGAAGAUAAAGAAAAAGAGGAACACUCUCUUCGGUACUUUCCAUGUGGCUCACAGCUCUUCUCUGGAUGAUGUGGAUCACAAAAUAUUAGCUGCAAAACAAGCCCUUGGCGAGGUGACUGCCGCUUUGAGAGAGAGGCUGCAUCGCUGGCAACAGAUCGAGGUGCUCACCGGUUUUACCAUCGUCACCAACCCAGGUCUUCCCUCGCUGGCCUCAGCACUCAACGUUGACUCCAGCUUCAUGGGUGGCAGAGCCACACCUCAGCACUUCGUCAUGUCUGACGACACGGACGACUUGGAUGAAGGCCUUGUGUCUGGAAUUUUUCAAUAUGGUUCCCUACAGCUGGAGCGGCGAGCCAGUGACCUGUGGUCCAUCACUUCAGACUGUCAGCCCAUGUGGAAAUACUCUGCUCCCAGUAUGAUGUCUCUACGUCAACGCCACAUUGAUCCCCAGCUGGCCUUGGGCUCCCAGAGCUCCGUUGCUGGUGGUGGCGCCCCUCAUACCUCCCAUGUAUACCACGCUUCUUUCCAGCUCAUGGACCCCAUUCCCGAUUUCACGUUCUCAGAUGUCUCCAAAGUUCCUACCAUAUGCAGCAACAGUUUCGGGGACCUAAAUCGCUCAGAGUCUGACUCUUCAUUGUCUCUUUCACAAGUUGGUGACCGACUAGCUGCCUUCGGUUCCAAAAGCCACUUAAUCAAACCCACUUCUCUUGUGCAUGGGUUGUCUAACCGGGCAGAUGAUACAGUCUCCAUGCAUGCUUACACCCCCAACGGAGGGAACCGCGUUCACGAAGGAGGUGCCGCAGAGGCUGUGUCUGGCAGCCCGAUACUCAUGAAAGAGAUCUACCCCAUAGAGAAGUCCCCCAGCCUGGGAGAGGUCAACAGUCUGUCAGAGUCCUCUCGCUCUUUCAGUCCUAACUCCACGGACCUGGAUACACCAUCGCCUACAGGAGGGCAAAUGGGAAUUAUGGGUGCAAAAGGUAGCAGUCGCAUCCCGCAGCUGUCCUCUAAAAAGAGCCCUCUGGAGGAAGACAGUGGCUCAACAGGAGAGGACACAGAUUCCGCUGCCAGCCGCAAGAAACACACCUUCAAGAUUUUCAAGAAACAGAAGAAAUAAGAUUAACCUGAACUAAGGGCUAUCAGAGCUGUCACUGUUUGGCUAAUUGCUCUGUCAUUGUUGCUUUAUUUUUUCAGUUUUUUUUUUUUUUUGGUUUUCGGGUUCAUCAGUACUCAAAUGAUGGCAGUUUGUUGCCACUAUCAUGUGGGUUACAACACCUACUACAAACAAUGGGAGCAAUCAGUGGUUUCUCUUUAUCAGCUUAUUUGUUCAGUGUUGAAAAUGAGGGUAUAGUGGGCAGGUUUGUACAUUGGAAUGUAAAGUAUUAUUUAUUCCUGCAGGAAAUCGUGCCAGUCUGAAAGGGAAAUGUAUUCCUCUGGGUUUUCUUUUCUUGUUCCUCAGUCUAUGACAUUUUGCAUGUCUUCACUUUUGUUCGACUGAUAUUCGAAUGCUCUUAGUGUUUGCUCGGUUCUUGUCAUUAUCCUGCUAAGAAAACACUUGAUGUUAUGUUGAUUACUUCCAAACCACCUAUCCCUAAAAUCAAAUUGAAUGCACACUUUGUUCCCCCAAAAAUUACGUUUAUAUUGAUGUGCACUUUUUUUUCUUCUUCUUCUUUGGUCUUUUGUUGUUUUGUUGGCAGUUAAUGAUACAUUCAAUGGAGCUUUAGGCAGAACGAAAGUUCAAGUAAGCUGCUGUAGUUUAGCAAUUCAAACUACCCUGGCUGUCUGGAAAUGUUACUAGUGGAACACAUCUUAGUUCUAGGUACUGAAUGGAAUUCACUGCUACACCUAAGAAGCACAUUGCCUAAUGUUACAAAAGGACAAUCAAAUCAAACCCUUUGACUUAAAAGUUUUUAUUAUUUAGGGUUCAGGGUAUGCAGUCUUGAAAGAAUGAAGCGUGUUUGUUGUUUACCUCGCUAAAACGUCUAGCUUCAUAAAAUUUAACCAUUCAUUUAGGUUGAUAAAAUAAUUUCUAACGGUUGGCAGAGCUUUGCCAACAGACUUCUACUGUACUGAUUUUAGAAGUUAGGAUACGCAGAUGAUAUAUACUUGACCUUUAUAUCAUCGGGAAUAGAACUUAUAAGCUCUCAGAAGUUCUCGUAUCUUCUUCCGUUAUAACCUAGGUGAACAGGGUGAAAGGUUAAGAAGCUUCUGCUAUUCUUUGUCGUGUUUAUUACGUGGACUGUAAAAUCUCAGUAAAGUGUCUUUGAGGGAUAGCGUAGGAAAGGGCUACACUUGUAAGGAAAAAUCAUCUGCUCUGUUCAUGUUCUAACCACUGAAGUUCACUUUUAAUGAACGACUUGGCUCAACAGGCAGUAGGAGCAAAAAAAAUUGUAUAAAAGUGCCAAAUUCCUAUUUCUUCUCAGAGGCCUUUGUAUUUGUUGUCUUCAAUUUUUGAGCCCCUUUUACUUGGAAUACAGAGCUGCAUGAUGUAUACAGUGAUAUACAUUCAGAGUUAAGUCUGUAUAUCCAAGGGUAUUGUUUCUGUAACAGUAUCAUAAGUACACUGUUUACAUUUGUUACAGAUGAUUUCUCUCCUCGGAUUAUUACAACAAAGAAUUCUGUGCCAGUUUUAAUGUAAGUUGCUUUAUUUAAACACAGAACUAUGCAUUGGUAGUUGUAGGCUCUUUCUAAAGUAGUAGGGACGCCAGUACUUUUUAGGGUGCUCCUGAGAAAUGAACAACCAAAAAGUGCUGCAGAUGACAUUGUUUGUCCCCAACCUCAGCGUAUCAGGUGGUUUGGAUGCAGAAGACAUGUUUUAAUGAUUUAUUUAAAAAAAAAAAAAGCCAGCUGAAAAGAUACUUUUACUACUGCUACUUUUUGAAAAUAUUCUUUUCUUUUUGCACGACAGCUGUAAAUCAAUAACGCCAUCUGAACGAGUGAGUUGAAGUGUGUGUCCAUCAGCUCCCACUAUACAGUGUAAUGUUGAUGCAUGUCAACUGUCAUAACAAAACCUAUAUUGGGUUAAAAGAAUGGAUCAAUUUAGGCUCUAAAUUCCUUUACUUAAUAUUUCUUUUCCUCAUUUUGAGCCUAUAUUUAAGAAUACAUGCAGUAUAUUUGUACAGAAAAUAUCUAAUUUUGCAUCUGUGGUGGUCUAGACUUUGAUGGCACUCCUGCAUGAUAGCAAUAAACUAUUUUGAAUGAAA